AGAAGAGGCAGUCACGUGUCAUGAUGAAGGUGGGGUUUCAAUUAUAAACAAGAGCUGCACAUUAAUGUAGGCCAAACCCCUGAAAACCGUGCAAAAAGAACUCGAAUCUAAAGGUGCUGUUCACCGGCGUCAUGAGUCCAGCACAGUGGGAUCUUCCUCCAGAGCUGUGCUGCCGGCCCAUGGCCUUUGUGGCUCUGACAGGUCUGGACGUGACUUAUAAUGCCAUCCACAGAGCCAUAUGGGAUGCCUUCUGUGCCAACCGGCGGGCUGACAGAGUGCCCAUCUCUUUCAAAGUUUUGCCAGGAGACCAUGAGUAUCCAAAGUGCAGGACCAAGAGAACAUCGUAUGAGUGGUACAUCCCUAAAGGGAUUCUGAAGACAGGCUGGAUGAACAAACAUCUCAACCUGGUGCCCGCACUGGUCGUGCUGUUUUAUGAGUUGGACUGGGACGAUCCGCAAUGGAAGGAAAAGCAGUCGGAAUGUGCAACCAAAGUGGAAAUCAUCAGAACAAGUUUACAAGGAAGAAACACGAAGGUCGCUGUGGUUUUGAUUCAGAAGAAGACUCCUCUUCCACCAGGUGAAGAUCUAGUGGCAUCCGAGAGAGCUUCUACUCUGUGUGGUGCCUGUGAUCUUUCUGGGAAGUCCCUGUUUGUUCUGCCCCAUACUGACCACCUGGUGGGAUACAUCAUUAGAUUGGAGAACGCUUUCUACGAACAUGCACAGACCUACUAUUAUAAUGAGAUCCGGCGAGUGAAAUCUCACAAGGAGUUCCUCAACAAAACUACACACCAGCUGCUGUUUGUCAGGCACCAGUUUAAGAUGGGUUUCUUCAGUGAACUAAAGCAGGACACUCAAAAUGCCCUCAAAUAUUACAGGACUGCUUACAGCCUCGUCCAUGAACUCCGAGCACAUGAGACAAACAUGCUUGAGAUCAAGACCAUGGCUGGAUUCAUCAACUACAAGAUCUGCAGACUGUGCUUUCAGCAUAACACCCCCCUGGACGCCAUCGCUCAGUUCCGUAAACACAUCGACCUGUGUAAGAAGAAGAUCGGUAGCGCUGAGCUGGCCUUUGAACACACCGCCUGGAUGUCCAAACAGUUUCAGUCAUUUGGUGAUUUGUUUGAUGAGGCCAUUAAACUGGGCCUCACAGCAAUCCAGACCCAGAACCCAGGCUUCUACUACCAGCAGGCUGCAUACUAUGCACAGGAGCGCAAACAGCAAGCGGGACAGCUCUGCAGUCACGAGGUAGGUGUGGGCUAUCCUGCACCUGACCCACUGGAGACCCCCACCGGAGCUCUGGACUUCUAUGGACAGAGAGCCUGGAGACAGGGACAUCAGAGCAUCGAUCCUCCUGACCCUGAAAAAGAGAAACAAGGCAUCCUUGCUCUUCAAGUAAAAGAGAGAGACGUGCUUCAUUCGGAGCUGAUCAUUACUCUCCUCAGUAAUGCUGUUGCCCAGUUUAAGAAGUACAAGUGUCCUCGAAUGAAGAGCCAUCUCAUGGUUCAGAUGGGAGAAGAAUAUUAUCAUGCAAAAGACUACACCAAAGCAUUAAAACUGUUGGAUUAUGUGAUGUGUGACUAUCGUACGGAGCGCUGGUGGUCUCUGCUCACGUCAAUCCUGGGUACGGCUCUGAAGUGCUCUUACCUCAUGGGUCAGGUGAAGGAUUACAUCACCUAUUCCAUGGAACUGGUGGGCAGAGCUUCUAUCCUUCCUGAAGAGCAGAAGUCCAGGAUCGAGAAGAAUCUAAUUAAAGUGCUCAUGAAUGAUGUCCCGGAGCCUGAACCGGACUGUGACCCGGUCUCAGUGAAGGCGGCCCAGUCUCUCUGGAGUGACCGCAUCUCUCUGGCUGGCAACAAUGAGUUCACCAUUGAUGUCCAGGACUAUGUUCCCUUUGUUCAGUGCAAAGCCAAGUUCCUGUCUCCUAGUUUCCACAUUGAUGAGCCUGUCCAGCUACACGUCUAUGUAAGAGCUGACUGCCCACAUCCUGUGCGCUUCUCAAAGCUGUGUGUCAGCCUCAACAACCAGGAGUAUAAUCCAUACUGCUCGCUGGAGGAUGCCUUGAAAGAGAAGGAUAUGCUAGAGCCUUCCACCCAGGAGAAUAUGUGUCUCGUUCCAGGAAAAACCCGCAAGUACUGCUUCAAAUUUGUUGCCAAAUCCGAAGAUGUUGGAAAGAAAAUAGAGAUCACAUCUGUGGGGCUUAUGUUAGGCAGAGAGACAGGUCGUUACGUGUAUCUGAACUGGCGGGGUGGCUGGGGGGAUGCGGCAUCCUCCCAGGAGGCUUUACAGGCAUCCCGCUCAUUUAAAAGGAGGACACGCCCCCCAGAAGAGCAAGUGGACUGGGACACAGUUUCCAUACAGUCCAGCACUAUGAUCAUCUCUCGAGUGCCCAGGAUCUCUGUACAGCUGACCCACGAGCCUCCAACUCUGACCAAUGAGAUGUACUGCAUUACUGUCACCAUCCAAUCAGAGGAGGAAACUCCGGCCAAAGACAUGAAACUCACUGCUGGCCUUAAACCAGGUCAGGAUGCCAAUCUCACACAGACAACCCAAAUCACUCUAAACAGGUCUGAGGUGUGUGAUGAUUCUCACCCCGCCCUGCUACCUGACAUUCCCCUCGGUGACCUACAACCUGGCCAGAAGAUCGUGAAGCCCCUGUAUGUCCGCUGCGUGAACACUGGAUCCAGAAUAUUCUUGUUUCACGUGGCUUAUUCUGUGAGCACCACGGUCGAGGGCAAGGACAUCACCUGCAAAUGUCACAAAGAUGAAACUGUUACCAUAGAAACAGUUGUUCCAUUUGAAGUGGCUGUGAAGUUUGUGUCUAGUAAGUUUGAGCAUUUAGAGCGUGUGUAUGUGGACAUCCCGUUCCUGCUCAUGAUGGAUAUUUUGAGCGCGUCUCCAUGGCCGAUUGAGCUGGUGAACAGUGAAGUACAGCUGGCCUCCAGUAUGACUGCCAUUGAUCAGCCCCAGAGUCAAGUGGAAGGAGUCACCCUGCAGACCAGCGAGUGCGCCAGUGAAUGUUUCCUGCUCAAAUGUCCUCCUGUUCAAAACGGCACCAGCACUGUCGCCUCAGGACAGUACAUCAUCUCCUGGAAGAGAAAGUCAGCAGUGGCUGAGACAUUAGUGGUGAGAACGAGCAUUAUUCUGCCACACGUAAUGAUAGAGAACAUCCCGCUGUAUGUGCACGCAGAGUUGCCCUCAUUUGGUCGCGUGCGUGAGUCUUUACCGGUUCGGUAUCAUCUGGAGAACCGCACCGGACUGGUUCAGGAUGUGGAGGUCAGCGUGGAGUCCAGCGACGCAUUCAUGUUUAGUGGACUCAAACAGGUGCGAAUGAGGAUCUUGCCAGGUGCGGAGCAGGAGAUGUUGUAUAACUUCUAUCCUCUGAUGGCGGGAUAUCAGCUUAUCCCUCAACUAAACAUCAACCUGCUGCGCUUUCCAAACAUCUCAACUCAACUACUGCGCCGCUUCCUGCCUUCACGCAUCUUUGUCAAGCCCCAGGGCAGAAAUGGAGACACUUCCAUAGAAGCGGCAUGAGGAAGAGACGAGCUCAUCCCCGAACUCGGAGAGUUGAAGGCUGAACAUUCCUCUCAGAACUUGUUUACAACUUAAUGAUUUGAACUUAUAAAUUAUAAGGAAUUUGAUCUUAAUUAUUGUGUGAGUGGUUUAAAUUGUUGUUUGCCAGUUUGUUGUGCAAAGCUAAAAUAAUGCCUGCAUAAGAUUUUUUUUUUUUUAUCAAGUUUCAGAUUUCAUCAACAAUUGUGCUGUCUAACCUCUAAACUAUUCAUGAUAAUGACCUUGUUACUAAGCAUGCUAAAUAAUCUUAAAGGUAAUUAAACAGACAUGGCACCUGUUGUCAUGUAGCCAUUGAAAUUAUUUCACCUUUUGUUUGUCAUGAAACUGUUACUUGUUGUGAAUUAUCAAUGUGUGUCCCUCAAGAGCUGCUCUGUGAUUGGUCAACAUACUGUACCAUAGUAUAUUUUGAACAGACUGUGUUCUGUAAACGGAAGGCUGUUGCACCUGGUUAUACUGUUUAUAUCAAUUGUUUAUAUUUUAAAAAGGGGUACAACUGACAGUGAGGGAGAGGUUAUGGGUCUUUCUGAUUACCAUUUACAGGAUUGCAGUUUAUUAUAAUUAGUAAGAAAGCAUCAUCCAGGGCACCUCUCUGUGGGAAACACUGCAUGGAUGGGUGGGGGACAUCAACCAGGCGAUGUUCAUGUCCAAAAACUGAUCAGUGUCUUUUUGCAGGUCUUGAUCUGGUCCUCCCUAGUUCAUUUAUUUUCAGAAAGCAGUAAUACCAUGAUGAAGGUACAUGUGUAUGUAAUGCCCUUAUGACUCCUGCAGGGGGCAAACACUUAACAUUAUAUUCCUACAGAGAAUGGUAGCAAACACUUUUUUUAUUUUAUUUUAUUUUUUUUUUUUAAUCGUCAGGUGGCGUUAGACACGUUUUUUUUUUCUCUACAGGACAAAGUGAGGAAAAUCUCCUGUUAAAGGUGCACUUAGUAAUUUUCUCCCUCAUUAAAAAAGAUUUACUCCUAAAGAAAUUAACUGUAAUUUUGAAACAUGUAUAAUAUCAUGAGCACUCAUGAGAUGAGGACUCUAGUCAUAUCAGUAACCUUAUAAAAGCUGGGUCAGGGUCCCCCUCAUGGGGGCUGCCAUUUUAGAAUCACAUGACCAGUCGAACACUACUUGCUUAAUCAACUGCUCUUUUAUUGGACAUUUGUAUUGACAGUGUUUUUGAUCAUGUAUAGGAAACUAAAAUUUUGAGCAGUAGAAAAUGCAGUAAAAUCAUUACUAGAGGACAUUAGAGUUUGAGAAUUAUAGACGUGAUCUAAAAGGAAAUGUACUCAAAAAUGAAAAUUCUGAUAAUGUUGUUCUUGAACCAGUUUACUAUACUUUCUUCUGUAAAACAAAAAUGGGAUAUUUAGUAGAAUUCCAAGAUGCUCUUUUAAUAUGUAGGCUUCCUGCUAUCACACGUAGGAGGUAAGAAAUAAACAGACAAACCUGC